UUUCCUCCGAUAUUUCUCAUGGAAUCUGUUUCUUGCAAAUGGCUUUUACUUUCGUUGUUUUGCCUUUCUUGGGCAAACUCGGGUUUGUCCGCCUUGGAUGGAGUGAAGGGUGGGAAAGUAAGAGGUGUGAACUUAGGUGGAUGGUUAGUUGCUGAAGGAUGGAUGAAACCUUCACUAUUUGAUGGCAUUGGCAAUCUAGAUAUGCUUUUUAUAACGCAGGACGGAGUAAAAGUUCGGCUUCAAUCGCUGAGCUUAAAUAAGUACGUAACUGCAAAGUAUGGAGGAGCUUCGGGUGUUUUUGUCAACAUAGAUAAAGCCGAUGAUUGGGAAACCUUCAGAUUAUGGAGGGUGAAUCAGUCGGAUUAUCAGUUUCGUACUGAUAAUGGAAAUUUCCUCUCCUGCACUGGACCUGGGGCUAAUGUCAACACAACAUCAAAACUACCGUCUUUGAAUGAAACAUUUACUAUUACUCGAUCUAGCUUUGAUCGUGUAAUUAUUAAACAUUCUAGCGGUGCAUAUCUGCAGGCAACUUCUAGGAAUGAGCUCAAAGCAGACUAUGUUGGGAUCCCAUUAUUUACUGAUGAUGCUAACGCAGCUAUUUUUAGAAUGACUUUUCAUGGUAACUAUUUGCAAGGAGAGUACCAGCUCUCCAAUGGGUAUGGACCAGAAAAUGCAACAAAAGUGCUUACUGAACAUAGGAACAGCUACAUUACACAGGAUGACUUUCAGUAUCUUAGCCAACACGAUAUAAACACUGUCAGGAUUCCUGUUGGGUGGUGGAUUACCAAAGAUUCCAAUCCACCAGCUCCUUAUGUUGGUGGUGGUUUGGCAGCUUUAGAUAAUGCAUUCAAAUGGGCACAGGAGUUUGGCAUGAAAUGCAUAAUCGACCUUCACGCAGCUCCGGGUUCCCAAAAUGGAAAGGAUCACAGUUCUAGUCGUGAUGGUUCUGUUGACUGGACGAAAUCAGAUAAUAUCCAGCGAAGCCUUGAUGCUAUAGAAUUCCUAGCUUCCAGGUACGGAAACAAUUCAGUUCUAUUGGGGAUUGACCUUUUGAGUGGACCAAAGUCUCCUGAUGUUCCUUUCAAUACCUUAGAAAAGUACUACAAUGAUGGAUAUGCCAUUGUGAGGAAACAUUCGGCCACUGCUUAUGUAAUAUUAUGUCAGUUGGUUGGCGAUAAUGGUGCAGACCCAGACCCAACAACGCUUUAUAAUGCCUACACUGGUAGUGGCAAAUCAAACGUUGUGGUGGACUUGCACUAUUAUCAUAACAAUCCUUCAUUCUCUAAUAUGAGCCUACGGGAGAAUAUCAAUUACUUAUAUGAUACCAGGAAAACUCAAAUGAAUUCCCUAAACCCUGCUGGGCCAUUGGUAUUUAUUGGGGAAUGGGUAAACCAAUUUGGCAAAGGCGGGUGGUCUCAGAGGGAAUACCAAACAUAUGGUAGUGCACAGUUAGAUGUGUAUGACUCAGCUUCUUUUGGCUGGGCAUAUUGGUCACUCAAGAAUGAUGCUGACAAUCAUUGGUCUCUCAAAUGGAACAUCGACAACAAUUACCUCUUGCUAACGGCAGUCAAAAAGUCGAUAGUCUGGAAGAUUGCUUUACCUGUUUCUAUUUUAGUGGCAUCUAUCACUUGCGUGUUAGGCUACAUUUAUCUAUCCAAGAGAAAUGAGACUCGUAAAAGAGAAGGAUUGAAAGGUCUCCAUGGGGUGUUGAUGGAUUUGAUGAAAUCCAAAGGUACCUAUAAUGACAAUCCAGAUAAUUCGUUUGAUGAGGGUAAAACAGAAGGAGAAUCACGGGAACUGCAAAUAUUUAAUUACACUUGUUUAUCCAAUGCUACAAACAACUUCUGUGUGAAUAAUAAAUUGGGACAAGGAGGUUUCGGGCCAGUUUAUAAGGGUAAAUUGCAAAAUGAGCAAGAAAUAGCAGUGAAACGACUGUCUAAAACCUCUGGACAGGGUAUUGAAGAGUUCAAGAACGAGGUUACAUUGAUAUCCAAACUUCAACACCGAAACCUUGUCAGGUUGUUUGGUUGUUGCAUUCAAAGAGAAGAAUACAUGUUAAUAUAUGAAUACAUGUCAAAGGGUAGCCUGGAUGCAUUUCUAUUUGAUCCAAGUAAGAAAGCAGGACUUGAUUGGGAUAAGCGCUUCAAUAUCAUUGGAGGGAUUACUCGAGGCCUUCUUUACCUGCACCGUGAUUCGCGUUUAAGAGUUAUUCACAGGGAUCUCAAAGUCAGUAAUAUUUUAUUGGAUGAAACCAUGACUCCAAAAAUUUCAGACUUUGGAAUGGCACGGAUAUUUGGUGGUGAUCAAAUUAUUGCUGAAACUAACCGGGUUGUUGGUACAUUUGGUUACAUGUCUCCAGAGUAUAUAAUUGGAGGAACGUUUUCGGAAAAGUCAGAUGUCUUUAGUUUCGGGGUGUUGAUAUUAGAAAUUGUCAGUGGUAAAAGAAAUAACAGCUUUUUCAACCCUGAACAACCUUUAAACCUCUUACUUCAUACUUGGAGACUUUGGAACGAAGAAAAAUGGUCAGAGGUUGUGGAUGAGACUUUAUGCGAUUUGUAUUCUCCUCUAGAAGUGAAGAAAUGUGUACAUAUUGGCUUGUUAUGUGUUCAGAAUAGAGCAAUAGAUAGGCCAACAAUGGCUGAAGUGGAUCUCAUGCUUAGCAGUGAAACUGAUCGUCCAUCUCCUAGAGAACCCCCGUAUACUUUCUCUUCAUCGUCAGAAAGGCAAAAUUCAGAUCCAAAUCUUUGCUCAAGUAAUUCUAUCACUAUCACUGAAGUGCAGGGUCGAUAAGAUGCUAGAUAUAUAUUUCAAUCAUUCGAAUUUAAGAAUACAUUUACCAACCAAGUAACAAUGAUAGUAUUGUUAUUUUAGAAUUGCAUAUCAUAUGUAUAAUUACAUGAAAAUUAUAUUUGGGGUAAAAUAAAGUUUCUUACAAGCCUACGUCCCAUGGAUGUGCGGCCAACUAGAUUCUUAUGGUUUUAUAUAAAGCAAACCAUGUAAUGCUUCUAUUCUGAUUCGGUUUCACUUGGUUCAUAUGUAUUUCUAUGAGAUUAUGAACAAUUGAACAACUCUAUGAGAAACACAAUUAGAUUCA